UUAAACUAGUAUAAAACAGCAAAAUAUAUAAAUCAUAUUCUAGUUUUAGUUCGCUGCAACAGUAGAACAGAUCAAAUAAUUAGGAUAAAUAGUCAUCAACCAAAAUGGCUGACGAUAUUGUCCUGGAGGAAUUUCCCGCUGGCGAUAUUGUCCUGGAGGAAUUUCCCACUGCUGGUGGUUGUGGUCCUGGAGGAUGCGGUAUGACGUGGGGUCUUGGGCUUUCUGAUAAAGCACCACCUAUCCUGAAAGCUGUACAGAAGGGAGACUUGGAGAAAUUAAAGACUUUAAUAGAGAAGGAGAACAUCAAUGUAGAUUCUGAUUAUUUCCUUGAGGGUAACUGGAUAUCACCCAUCCACCAGGCAGUUAUAUGUGGACAUCCCAAUAUCCUCAAGUACUUGCUCAGCAAAGGGGCAGAUCCAAACAAGAGAGACUCAUCCGGAACAACUGCUUUACAUCAUGCUGCGAAGUAUGGAUUUGACAUGGAGCCUGUUAUAACUGACUUGCUUACUCAUGGUGCUGAGAUAGAUGCUAUAGGGAUGCAUGAAGGAGUGACCCCACUGUAUGUGGCUUACCAGGGAGGUUAUAAAGAGAUUGUUGAGCUCCUGUUAUCCAAAGGUGCAGACAUUAACUCUAAAAAUGGAAAUGGGGUUCCUUUGGUGUUCUCAAAUCCAGAGUUGGAUAUGGUUAAGUUUGCAGUGUCAAAGGGUGCCGAUAUACAUCAGGGUUUCACUGGGGGUAAUGCCGUUAAUCUUGCCAUUGAUUCACCAUAUCCAGGGGGAGAGGAACUUCUCAGGUAUUUCCUUGAUGAAGGUGUACAUGCUAUAUGGGUGGAAAAUAGACAAGGAAAGCUACCAUACGAAAGCGCUGUGUUCCAAGAUGAACAGGGCUUUGCUAUGCCAGGUGAGGAAUCCUUUGUCAGCAUACUUGACAAUUUCCUCUUGAAGAUGGCCAGGAAAAACAAUGUUAAAUUUUUUGAAAAAUUGCGAGACAACUACAUCCUUAUUCUAAAUCCAAGAGGUGCUGAUGGAAAGUCUGUUCGGGAUAUCGCUACUGAAAAUAAGUUCUCAAAGAUUGUUGACAUUUUGGACAAUGCUAAAACAUACUUUGAAUCUGUUGAUAAGAUGGUGGCAUCGUUGUUCAACACAGAUACCAUAAAAAGUGCUAUCACCAAGGAUGGAGUUAAUAUUAAUGCACUUAACAAGCGAGGAGCUUCAGUUCUUCAAGCUGCAAUUAACAACAAGAAAGCGGAUAUAGUUGACUUCCUACUUGAACAUAAAGCUGAUGUUAAUGCCACAAACCGUAAACUAUUCACUGCACUACAUCACGCUGUAUCAAAAAUGGACUUAGAGACUGUUGAAAAGUUAAUUAAAAGAGGUGCAAACUUAAAUGCAAGAAAUAUUGAAGGUAUGACUCCAUUAGAGAUUGCGUUCACUGUGAAGCAGUCAAUGUACGCAUACACAGAUCAGCAAGCACAGGAAGCAGUUGUAAAGCUUGUUGAAACUAUGGUAAAAGCUGGAUUGGAUGUAAAGGGAAUGUUCAGUGGGCAACCUCUUAUGCACCUAGCAGCCAGCUCUGGUAAUAUUCCAUUGGCUGAGUAUCUUGCCAAGAAUGGUUGUGAGGGCCAAGUGAACGCAACAGACAAUGAGGGUACUCCUACACUGUUCAAGGCCAUCACAGGAGGUCACAUUCCAAUGGUUGAAUGGCUACUGAACCGUAAUGUGGAUGUAAACACAGAACAUCCUUAUCACAAGACAAGUGCAAUACUGGUUGCUUUGGAAUCCCAUAAUGUUGAAAUGACAAAAUAUUUAUUGGAUAAUAAGGCAGACCCAACCAAAUGCAAGUUCGAAAGUGGACACAACAUUCUUCAUGAAGUGUUCCGUAGCAAACCAACCUUAGAUAUGUUUGAACUGUUCUCAAAGUUUAGUUUUGACGUGAAUGCACAAACCCAGGCUGACCAAUCUACACCACUCCAUGAACUUAUUUCUGGGAUUUUGUGUCGAUAUUCGGGUGAAACAUUCACCGAGGCACAAAUUGCUGAAGCAGAUGACAAGGCAAUACCAAUGAUUAAGAGGUUACUUGAACUAGGUGCUAAGACUGACUUGAAAAAUUGUGUUGGUGAAACAGUGGUUACAAUGGCAACCAAACCACAUAAACACGACAAGAUUUUGAAAUUAUUUGAGAAAAAAUAAAAUAGUCAAACAAUGCAAGAAUAAAUAUACUUACUAUAUGUGCAAUGGUGAUUGCAGUAAUGAUUGAAAUUGUGUAUUUGGAAAUCAAAAGACUUAAUCAGCAUUUAAAUUGUUAUUUAUUGAGCAUUUAACACUGCUAUAUUAAUAAAAUAUUUAUCAGGGAAUACGUAUUAUGUGUCCAUCUAAUGAUGGCAUUUAAUUUAAUGAUAUAUAAUUAAUUUUUGAAUUUUUACAUUUUUACCUGCAUGAAUAUGGAGUUUGCAAUUGUUUAUAUUUUUAGCCUAAUUGGUCAUUUCAAAACAGAAUACACUGGGCUUAGCCAUAUGAUAAUGACAACGACAACAGAACACAUUUUGUGUCACUGUAUUAAGUGCCACUGUAUUCAUUCAGGGUGGGCCAUUAAUCUUAACUGCCUUUGCCAUAUGAUUGUUUUAGGGCUCUAGGCCGUAGCAUUUAUUAAAAAAUAUCAUGUCUGUGUAUGAUUAUAAUGGUAAUUCUUGUAUCUAUAGUGAUUAGACUGUUAGAAACUAUUUAAACUAGUAUAAAAAAGCUAAAUAAUCCUCAAGAAUUGAAGAAUAUGGAAUAAAUGUAUUGUUUUUAGAACAGAUCUUUCCAAUAAACCUACCACAUUUUGAUUCUGUUUGUGGCACCAGAUUGGUGAUGUUAAAGGUUGAACAGAAAGAGGUUCACAAAUUCAAAGUUUAGCAAUUACAUGUACGUGCCCCUAUUCCUGUUCAAAAACUUUUCUUCCACCAACAGUUUAGGGCAUCAUGAACCUGGCCAGUCGGGUUUCCUUGAUGGAGCAAAAUAUGCCAUGGUUUAUAAUAAAUGACCAUUCUUCUUUGCAAGAAAUGUGAUGUAAUGAGUAUAUUAUGGAGGUAGGUAGGUAAACUGUCAUUUCAGUCUUAUAACAUACAGUAUGUAGCUUACUUAAGUUCAAUUCAUAAUUCCAUUGAGAACUUUGAAUCU